AUGUGCACAGUGUAUCUGUGUAUCGUUGUCAUUCGUCUAUGCAUCAUUGUCGUUCAUCCAUACAUCGUCGUGGUGGUUGUUGUCCUUGUCAUUCAUCAGUUAUUGGAUGCCAUGCCACAUGACGUGGCCUCUGCUUCUCAUGUCAAAACAGGAGAGCAGGAGAGGAGUUACAUGCUCACCUGGAUCGAUGCGGACAGUGACAACGACAUGGGUUGUCACCGUCUGGACGACAUGGCACAUCCGUUGACGUGCCAUGUCAUCGUCAUCCAACUUGACAUGGCCCCUGUUUCUCAUGUGAGAAAAGAAGAGGGGAAGGGGAGUUCGGCCCUCAAGGCCUCAAGAUUCGAGGCUCGAAAGGCUGGUCUUAGACUGGUUAAUCCGGUUUUUGCUCAGUCUUGA